AUGGCUGAUGACUCCAACCUACAUCCCGGCGCUUUACACUGGUUCUCCUCCGAUGAGCAGGAAGCCGGUGGCCCUUAUGGCUGGCGUCUUGAUGUCGUGACAUUGCUUGCUGUCAUCGGCGAGUCCUCGAUUGCCGACCAUUCUCAAGCAAUCACUGCCAGCAUGCUGUGUCUCCUACCACGAAUUAUACCUGCACCACAAGCUCUACUCAAGGGUACUCGCCCAUCGCGGAUGCCCGAGACGGCUGCCAAGCUCACUGGUAUAUAUAGCGGUGUUUCGCUCGAAUCAGUUGGCUUCUUCGCCAACAUCCUGCAUCCCCUCGAUGAAUUCAGUCCCUUCGGCUUCAAAGUGCUGAAGAUAUCCCACAAAGACCAGAACGAAGCUGGUGACUUCGAGGUACCUAUGUCUCCAACCACUGAUGGGAACAAGCUCGGUAGACUUUUUGGCAAGAGGACCAACACCAACGACUCUGAAGGCCGGCCUGCCGUCAAGACCAAUAGAAUCCCUGGCCCUCCCGGUAGUGGAAGUGACUCAACUGCUAACGGAGUCUCCAGAAGAACCGGCGUUAGCUUUCACAACAAUGGUGACCCUGAGGCUCAAGCUCCGGUCCCGGGCAUCAAACGCAGGCAGACAGUGAAGGAUCGUAUGACAGACUACAUAAACAACCCGACGCUUGCUACCACCAAUAAACGUCCAGCAGUACCCGCCGCCCUCUGGUCUCCCAUACAUGUUCUUUCUGUCUUCUCGAUGCUUCUCACAUUCAUCAUUAUUGGGUUCUCGGCCACGGAUCAAGAUGGUACUGCCAUCCUGUCGCUCGUCCUGAUCUCACUGGCUAGUUCUAUCGUCGGUGCUGCCUCGUGGUGGCGGCCCAUUCUCAUGAAGAGGAGCCAUACCAACAUAGUUCCCGACGGCGACGUUGCUAUUCGUACUCGUGAAGGCGCCUUCUUAAUCAUUAAAUGUACGGACAACGUGGCUCGUGAACUUUACACUGGAACUGAGGAGUGCGAAUACCGCGUCAACGGACAAUGGUACAAAGUCUUGAUGGGUCUUGGCACAUUCACACUCAUGGCCAGCGUGAUUCUCCUUGGUAACUGCAAGUGGAAGUCACAGCUGUUCAUUGGCUGUGCAUAUAUCAGCCUGAACGGCAUGUACUGGAUCUUGGGCCUGCUACCCAAGAAGUAUUUCUGGGAUUUGAGCAGGUACAACAUUGAGGACAUCACGCCCAAGGAUGCCAAGGACGCCCACAAGACCACUGACGAAAACGACCCGCGCGAAGGUGUCAAGAGCUUCACCCGCACCCUGUGGUGGUGCAUCCGGGAGACGAAGCGAACGGGCUGGGUCGAGCGUUCGGGCGCCGCGCCGUCUACGCCGCAGUGGAAACAGUGGCUUAUUGAAGCCGAACAGGCCGCAGAAGCCGGCAACCGAUCGUGGCCUUCCAUUGCGAGGAAGGACGAGCUCAUGAAGAUGACCGAUUCCGAGAUCCAGCUGGAGAAGCUGAAGAAGAGUCCUGCCGACAGGGAGGCCAAGCUUGAUCCCGCUGAGCAGGCCGUCCCGGCUCAGAUGGUGCAAGUGAGCGAUACCAAGAGGGAGCCUGGCGCUUUCUAG